AUGUGCACCGACAAGUCGCAGACAUGCCAGUACAGCUUACCUUCGGGCACUACCGUCGACAUCGGCCAGAAUGCGCCGCCGACCGAGCGGUUUCGGACGGCAACGGUGCCAGGAAUCUACCACCGGCUCAACUCCACAAGCCAGACCUACAUCUCGGUAUUCGACGUCCUCUGGGUCAUGAAGACCAGGAAGGAAACAAAAACGAUCGCCCAGGAAUGCGCGCUGUGGUUUUGCAUGAUGAGCUACAACAUUACGGUCACCGAGAGCCGCACCAGUCAGACAGUAACCAACGUCUGGAACAAGACGCAGUUCGCGAUGAGCAACAGCGCACACAAUGACGAGUAUGUCUUCGUCGACAUACCAACGGACAUGAAUGUUCCACACGAGGCCCGAUACAGCAUCUCCAGAAAGGCGCUCGCGGCGUUGCGGAGAUUUGUCGAUCCGCUGGUUCAGGGAACGUACGAGAAGCAAUACACUAUCAUCAACUUCUCGUCGGACUGGAUCGAAGGCGUCUACAACGCGCGACGUAACCUACCAUCGUGGGUUUCCCAAUUUAGCCUCAGUCUAACGAACGAGGUGCGGCUCCACGGGCAAGUUCGUGACAAGCAACGGCAUCAAUACGGCGGACGGGCCUACACGAUGGCACAGAUGAUCAUCGUUGAGUGGAAAUGGCUGCUGUUUCCUACAGGCCUGAUCAUCUUCAGCAUCUACUACCUCUUCCACACAAUCAUCAGGGGCGCCCGCGACGGCAUAUCGGUGUGGAAGAGUGAUUCGUUGCCGAUGUUGUUCUGUCGAAUUGACGCGUCGAUUCUCGCAAGGGUCGGAGAUGGCAUGGAUGUCCCCAACGGACUGGACGAUGCCGUCGGCGACGUGAAGGUGUGCCUGUUGAGGGAAGACGACGGCGAUUGGGUCUUCAAGCCGAUCGAGAGCGAGGAAUCGUCCUCGGAAUCCGAAUCGGACUGA